UAUCGAGACAAAUUCAAUUUGCACCCAUUGUUUUCUCAUUUAUAUAUAAACAGCCUCCUUUGCCAUUUCUCAUCUCUCUCUUUCUCUCUCUCUCUCUCUCAACGAAACCAGACAGAAGCUGAAAGAGAGAGAAAGAAACAGAAAGAGAGGGAGAGAGCGUUGGAGAGAAGAAAGAGUAAGGCACCAAAGAAAGAGAGAGAGCUAUAAUAUUUGCUAAACAAGUCUCUCUUUCUGUACCUAUUCUCUCUCUCUCUCGCAAGAUACUCGGUCUUUUCACAUUUUUUUUCUCUCACUUUCUCGCCAAGAUGAUUUCGCUGAAUAGAAGCUCUUUCCUGAACAAUACUGGGAUAUCAGGGUCUGGUAGCUACUUUAUCUCUCGGGUUCAGAGAAAAGGUCCAGUUUCGGUGAGAGUGGUGGCUUUGGGCUCAAAUGGUCGUGCUGGUGAAGGAAACGCAGCCGUUUUGGCAGAGAAGAACAAGUUGAAGGAAAUGAGAGAAGAGUCAGAGUCACCCUCGUCCUCAUCAACCCUGAUUGAUGACGUGGACUCCAAACCCACCGUUGCUGGUGGGGUCCGAGAUGUGUAUGGUGAGGAUUCAGCCACCGAGGACCAGUUUGUCACACCUUGGAGUGUUUCUGUUGCUAGUGGUUAUUCUUUAUUGAGAGAUCCACACCACAAUAAAGGGCUUGCCUUCACUAUCAGAGAGAGAGAUGCCCACUUUUUACGUGGCCUUCUGCCCCCAACAGUUGCUUCUCAAGAUCUUCAGGUAAAGAAAAUGAUGCACAAUAUCCGCCAGUAUCAAGUUCCACUACAGAAGUACAUGGCCAUGAUGGAUCUUCAGGAAAGAAAUCAAAGGUUGUUCUACAAACUUCUCAUCGACAAUGUUGAGGAGUUACUCCCAAUUGUCUACACUCCCACUGUUGGUGAAGCUUGCCAGAAAUAUGGGAGCAUCUUUAUGCGCCCUCAGGGUCUCUUUAUUAGUUUGAAAGAAAAGGGGAAAAUUCUUGAGGUUUUGAGGAAUUGGCCUGAGAAGAAUAUUCAAGUCAUUGUUGUCACUGAUGGGGAGAGGAUUUUGGGGCUAGGAGAUCUUGGCUGUCAGGGGAUGGGAAUACCAGUGGGAAAACUUUCCUUAUAUACUGCACUUGGGGGAAUUCGUCCUUCAGCUUGCUUGCCAAUAACCAUUGAUGUGGGUACAAACAAUGAGAAGUUACUGAAUGAUGAGUUCUACAUUGGACUCAAGCAAAAGAGGGCUACCGGGCAGGAAUAUGCUGAACUUCUAGAUGAAUUCAUGAUGGCAGUCAAGCAGAAUUAUGGAGAAAAAGUCCUCAUCCAGUUUGAAGACUUUGCAAACCACAAUGCUUUUGAUCUGCUUGCAAAAUAUGGCACAACACAUCUUGUUUUCAAUGAUGAUAUUCAGGGGACGGCUUCCGUGGUCCUAGCUGGGCUGGUUGCAGGACAGAAAUUAGUUGGGGGAACCUUAGCUGACCACAGAUUUCUGUUCCUUGGUGCUGGAGAGGCUGGUACUGGAAUAGCAGAACUCAUAGCCCUUGAGAUGUCUAAACAGACAAAGGCCCCACUAGAAGAGACACGCAAGAAGAUUUGGCUUGUGGACUCUAAGGGAUUGAUUGUAAAUUCCCGCAAGGAAUCACUCCAACAAUUCAAGAAGCCCUGGGCUCAUGAACAUGAACCAAUAAAGGAACUUGUGGAUGCUGUUAAGGCAAUUAGGCCAACCGUGUUGAUAGGGACUUCAGGAGUAGGAAGAACAUUUACUAAAGAAGUGGUUGAGGCUAUGGCCUCCAUCAAUGAGAAACCUAUUAUUCUUUCUCUUUCAAACCCAACUUCACAGUCUGAAUGUACUGCUGAGGAAGCUUAUACAUGGAGUCAGGGUCGUGCCAUUUUUGCUAGUGGAAGCCCAUUUCCUCCUGUUGAAUAUGACGGGAAGGUUUUCGUGCCUGGCCAGGCAAAUAAUGCAUACAUCUUUCCUGGACUUGGUCUGGGUCUAAUAAUGUCUGGUGCCAUCCGUGUUCAUGACGAUAUGCUCCUGGCAGCCUCGGAAGCUUUGGCUGCACAGGUGAGCCAGGAGAACUUUGACAGGGGUCUCAUAUACCCUCCAUUCACUAACAUCAGAAAGAUUUCAGCUCAUAUUGCUGCUAAUGUAGCUGCCAAAGCUUAUGAACUUGGUUUGGCUACUCGCCUUCCCGAGCCUAAAGAUCUGGUGAAGUAUGCAGAGAGCUGUAUGUACAGCCCUGCCUAUCGAAAUUACCGGUGAAUUAGUAGAAGUUUCUCUAGAACUUGUUGUAUGAAGUUCACCAUAAUCAUAUAACCUUUCAUUGUCAUUUGUCAAUUUCAUUUUGGUUAUUUUCAUUUUUUUGAAGCCUUUCUCCCCCUUUUUUCUAUCCUAUAAGUCGGGUGGAUGAAGGAAUAGGGUGGGUGCUGGUAGUUGCAUUACAGGUAAAAUAUAGUUUGGAAAAUGUUGUGCACUGUUCAAUUUAUCAUUUUACAAGAAAUAAAAAUUCAAAAAUUUCAAAUUA